UGAUGACGUCAUUCCUUGACAACGAGCCAGCGCAGCGCGACCUAGCAACCGGUUCCCUGCGUCUCAAGAAACUUGCAACGUGCCAACAAUGGAUGAGACCCUGAAACCUUUGAAAGUUCCUCCUCAGAUGAGCUACUACGCUGAUAAACACAACCUGUCCUACCUGAUGCAGAGCCUCGUGGCUUCUCUGGUGACCAGCCAGCCUGACGACCCGAUCUCCCACCUCAUCGACCUGCUGAAGAGCAGCAACAUGAGCAUUCCCAGGGUGGUGCUGCUUGGGCCGCCUGCUGUUGGAAAACACACUCUGGCAAGACAUCUGAGCGUCCAGCUGGAAGCCGUCCAUGUGACCACAGAGACUUUACUGCCAGACCAAUCAGAGCUUAGCACACUCAGUGAACAGGGUUUUGCUGAGCUACUUGUCCAGCUGGUCCAACAGAGACUGAAGCAGCCUGACUGUGUCCACCAGGGCUGGAUUCUGGUUGGGAUCCCGCAGACCCGUCUGCAGGCUCUGCUCCUCCAGCAGGCUGGGAUAAUUCCAGAACAUGUUGUUCUACUAGUCGCACCGACUAACGUCCUGCUGACGCGGAACCAGAGAAGGUCCGUCGACCUGCAGACAGACAGCAACCGUACCUCUAUCAGGUCAGCUGAUGACAUCAUCGCUGGGCACCAGGAGAGGGGUGGUUUGUCAGAGGAGCAGCUAUUGGCCAAGCUGCAGCUCUUCCACUGUGAGGUCACAGGUCUGAGGUCAGCCUAUCGACACAUCCUGAAGGUCAUUGAUGGAAACCAGCUAGACACCGUCAUCUACCUACAAGCACUGGCUUUCAUCCAAACUCACCAUCACUUCAGAACUCCCAGAAUCCUCCUGAUGGGCCCGCCUGGUUCUGGUAAAAGUCAUCAGGCCAAGCUGUUGUCGGAGAAGUACAAGAUGACUGACGUAUGUUGUAGUCGACUGCUGAGGUCUGUAGCAGCUAAUGGUUCUGGUCUGGGAGCGGAGAUCCAGCAGUACCUGGAAAACGAACAGUCUGUUCCAGACUCCCUGGUGCUGCAGGCUGUGGAGCAGCGUCUCAGCCAAGUGGACUGCAGCAGUAGAGGAUGGGUUCUGCACGGGUUUCCAUAUAACCUGCAUCAAGCCAGGAACCUGCGGGGGUUCCAGCACCAGCCUAACAGGGUGUUCUUCCUGGAGGUGACGGAUGAUGUUUGUUUGGAACGUACCACUCUGAGAAGGACAGACUGGGUCAGCGGGGAGAGGUACCACACCGUGACUCGACCGCCUCAGACAGCGGUCCAAAACAGACUGCAGGCAGCGCCGGACGACAGCGCUGAAGUUAUGAGGGAGAGGCUGGAACGAUACAGGGCCGAGUCAGCUGGCCUUCAGUCUGUGUUUCCAGAUGCGUUUCGCAUCGACGCGGCUCAGAAGUCUCACAAUGUGUUCGAGGCUCUGGAGCGCCGCCUGAACACCAACUAACAGCCGGGCCUGUCUGGACCCACCUGGUCUCACCUGCACCUGCCUGGACAGGAAGAUUAUCUGUGAUUUAAUGCAUGAAUCUAUUUGUUUGUUUGUUUUUGAAAUAAACAAGUUGUGGUUCUGUUG